GCUAUGGCUACAAUAAUAAAAUUUGUAGAAAGUGAAUGACAACUUAUUUUGAAAAUUGUAAAAAUUAUCAAUUAAAUUGUGUUUGAUUGUAUUUCACUGUGUCAACGUCAAAAUGAACUCUUCCCAGUUGGAUGAUCAUCCUAACUUGGAUGCCAAUAGUUUGCUAAGUGAGCUUGAUAAAGGUUUGCGAAGUGGAAAAAUGGGUGAGGAGUGUGAGGCCAUUGUUGGUUUUCCUUGGCUUUUUAUACGAUAUCCUUUUCCCAUUCUGAUUAACUCGGCAUCUCUUAAAUUGGCUGAUGUUUUUCGCAAUGGUUCAAACUUUUCUCGUCUUCUCAUUCUCAAAGUUAUCCAUGAAAGUGAGAAACAUUUGGAUAAGAUUAUAAACAUGGAUGAAUUUGUUCGCCGUUUAUUUAAUGUUACCUAUUCUAAUGAUCCUAUUGCUCGGAGUAUAACUUUACGAGCUCUUGCAAGCAUUUCUUGUAUUAUUGCGGAAAGAAAAAAUAUUCACCAUGUUAUUCGUCAUUCACUGGACGCUGAGGACCAAACUGAAUCACUAUCAGCAGUUCAAGCUGCUGCAGCCUUUUCUAAAAGAUCGGUUGAUUUUGCUCUGAGCAUUUAUCCUAAAGUUCUAACACUAUUAUCUAAAUCUGAAACACCAAUGGAAAAGAAAAUCAGAUUACUCUCGGUUCUGCACCAUUCUCAUUACAAUUCUCAGGUUGCUAAAGAUGUCAAAGACGCUUGUCUUUCCUUUUUAUCCGAUGAAAACUCUGACAAAUUUGCUUGUGCAAUCCUUAAUACUUUAACUUACAUCGCAACAACUUCACUUUUCGCCAUACCUGACCAUAUUUCUUUACUUUUGAAACAUUUUCGCCAUGAUACACGUCCCGUGGUUAAAAUGAGUAUCAUAAAAGAACUUACAACUAUGGCUCGCACAAGUCCUCACUUGUGGUCAAAAGAAAAUGUCCAAGACUUUUUGCACUGUGUACACUUCAUUAUCCCAGCUUUAUCAAAAAAUCCAACUUUACUUUCGCGUAUUAUGGCAAUUUUUGUUUAUCUAGUCAAAUGUCCAUGUUUACUUGCUGCGGAUGUUAAUUAUAUUGAACCUUUUUAUCAAGAACUUGAAAAGCUUUGCUUAACGGUUCACAAUGAUUGUCUUAAAUCAACUCAAGUAACGGAGAUAAGAAAAAAUUUGCGCCUCAUAGCUGUAUCAUUCCAGCUGAUGACUGCAUUAUCUCGACAUUCUGACAGGAUUAAAGCUCAAACCAUUCAAUAUCUACAAAAUUUUAUCAACUCUCAAGCGACUCAAGAACAUGAAAUUCCAAGUAGCGAACAGGAUGAAGAGUCAAAUAAAAUAAUUUGUGUUUGCAUUAAAAAUAUGUGUAAUAGUGAUGAAACUGUUGCAGAUCAAUUAGUAUCCUGCCUGGAAUCAAAACUAAAAUCUGGAAAUCUGUCAAAUCAAUGGAUUGGCUACACAUGUCAAAUAUUCUGCUCAUUACAGCAUCUUAACAUAAGUCCUGAUUUUCUAAUUCAUCUUUCCCAGAUGAUUAUCAAACUUAGUCUUGAUGAAAAAGUGGAUGAAUCAAUUUUGUCUCAACUUUUAACAUUACAUUUUCAAACAUCGACGCGACUCGACAUAAAAUGCUCCUCCGAAUUCGUUCAACAUCUUAAAGGCAGAAGUCAUUGGUUCUAUUUCAAGAUCAUUCGACAAGCUAUGAGAUAUGGUCAUUAUCAUGUAUCUCAAAUUUUUUGUGAACUUCUUCAAAAUUCUGCUUCAUCUGAAAACGUUCACUUUUGGAUGCUUAGUCUCUUCAAAAUUUCUCUGGCUGAAAGUCUCUUAGUGAAUUCAUCAGAGGGACCACAAUUAACUAAUAGUCUGGUCCAAGCCAUCACAUUUUACUCAGAAGCUCUCUCAGCUCUUAAAGCUUCUGGUUCAGGCUCUUACUGUCUCAUCUUUGCUGGUGAAUAUGUUCGACUGCGAUGUAAAUUAUUAAGAGCUCACGCAGCAUUAAGACAGUCUUGUAAUUUAAUCAGAACCUCACCGGCUCCAGCUAUUGCUGGUACAGCAGCUACAACAUCCAGAGAUGAACUAAUGAAAUGUGGUUCUGUUGUUUCUCAAAUGAGGAAAUGUGCUAAAGAUUUCCGAUCUUUGGCUGAUGCUUAUAGUUGUCUCUAUCAAACAUCCUUCAAUGCAGAUAAUGAAACACUUUCUCAUCUUCAAUUAAUCCAACAUAGCUGUACAAUCGUUGCCGAGGCAAUUGAAUCAGUCUUUCAGACUAAUCGGCUGAGUUCUCUCUUUGUCAACAAGGACACGCACCUUGAAAGUGAUCGUGUUACCGAUUCAAUAGAGACGUCAAUUGAAUACAGCAAAUUGAAUGCUGCAUGCCACGAAAUCUCCAAGAUAGUUCGAACUCGUUUAAGCGAUCAAAAAAAUUCCCUAGGAAAUCUGAUUGACUGUAAACAUAUCGCAACCUUACUCGCCUUGUCUAUAAAGUUACUUCAAGUUCCGCUUUGUAUACCAAGACUAUUUUUCCAAUCAAUUCAGAAUACUUGUAUUAAAUUGGCCAUCUCUCCUGUUCCCAAAACACCGAGUGACCCAAUAGUAACUCAAGCUAAUACUAAUUUUGCUCUCAAAGUUGAGGGUGUAAUAGUUUAUGGUGCAUCUUGUCGCAUUUUAAGGAAUGUGUCUAAAGUAAUGCUGAAUGUGAAUAGCUGUCUCGUAAAUAAAACUGGAAGUGGACCCGUUGACCAAUUGGGUAAACCUUUAGAUACUAAUGUUAGCCUUCAAUCUUUGGUAACUCCUCAUAAUGAUUAUUUCCAAGAGCAAUUUUUACUCGCAUUGACCACGGUGGGAAUUCAUUCAAUUAACAUUGAAGCUUCAAUUAUAGAUGAAAAUGAAGCUCAGUGGAAGACUGGACCAGUUGUUAACUUAUCAGUCAAAGUGCAUGAGGAUCUGUCGAACAAAUGAAAGUAUGAUUUCAUUUUCUACUGCCACCUUAACAGCUGCAUAAUCCGCGAUUAUUUAUAAUUUUUUAUGGAUACUUCCUUCUCGCAUCACAUCUCACCAAGCUGAUCUUCAUCAUUACUAUAAAUCUUGACAAUUCAAUUUUCAUGUACAUUCGUUCUUCGUUAAAUUUGAACAAUUUCUUAUAUUCUAGGAAAAGCUGAUAAAAUCUUUGGGUUUCCAAUUGAAGAAAAUAAUAAACAAGCGUUUCUGGAAUGUUAAAAA